AAACAAGAGUGGUAAGUGACGUUCACAUUCACCUGCGCCGGCGGCUACUCCUCACUCCUCAGUCAUACUUCGCAAUCCAAACCAGCUGCUUCUAUUUUUUGAGGCGUUUAAAAAAAUAGUGACUACUGACAGUUGUAAAAAUAUACCAACCAAAUACAUCACAUUCAAAAUGACAACAAAUCAAUGCCGAGCGACUUUGGUCGCUCUGAUUUCAAGCUUAGCGUUUGCGUCUUGCGGUCAAGUAGACGAUCCGUGCAAAACGAAAUCGAGGGUCGUCGCUGAUGAUAAAUACUGUGAUAAAUAUUGGGAAUGUGACAACGGUCAAUCGAUCCAGUAUGACUGCCCCAACGGUCUGGUGUUUGCUGGCAAACAUCGCGGAGUCACAGAUGGAUGUGAUUAUCCAUGGAGGUCGAACUACUGCGAAUAUCCAAAAGUUCAAAUCAAUCCUCCCAUCGGUACGGAGCACUGCGACUGGUUGUACGGCAUCUUCGGCCACGAGACGUCCUGCACCAGAUACUGGACCUGUUGGAACGGAACAGCCACCGAACAGCUGUGCAUCGGUGGUCUUCUGUACAACGAGAACGCACACUCAUGCGAUUGGCCAGAAAAUGUAGACGGAUGUCAGAAGCACCCCCUCUGUAAUGAGGAUCCCAACGGCAACGUCCCUCUUGGCAAGUCAUGCAACAGAUACUGGCAAUGUCAGGGAGGUUACCCUCGUCUCCAACGCUGCCCUGCCAUGCUGGUGUUCGACAGGCGCUCCCUGAGAUGUGUGGUACCGCCGACAGAGGAGUGCGAUGUGCCCACCACCACUCCACCACCCGUAGAAGAGGAACCCCAACCAAGACAUCCCCCACAUAUCUCCAAGAGACCAAACCAACAAGAGUAUCAAGAGAACCAAGCUCGUCUCAAACAAAGAAAUUAAACGUUAUAAUUUAAAAUAUUAGUUAGUAUUUCAAAUGGGCAUAAUUACCAAAACAUUACAGUGGUAGAAAUAAACAAUGACAAUAAAUAUAUAAUCGAAAUAUACAUUUAAAAUAUACAUAUUUGUAGUUUCACAGUGGUAUAAAUACUAAGAGAAAAAUCUCCUUUAUCUUAUUUUAACCAUUCACUGAAAUAUCCCACCACUGUUUUUCUUUCAUUCGUCUAAGUAUAAAGCAAUAUUUAAACAUCAUGUAAUUUUAAUUAAGUGUAUGGUAGUUUAAGUAAAAGAAAAAACUUAACUCUCAAAGAAAUACUCAUAAGUUGACGAGAAAAUAUUAGCUAUGUACGUUAUUUACUUUAAAUUUAUAUUGUUCUAAUUUUAAGUUAAUAAAUAUAAUUAAAUAAAG